AAACUGGACGUGUUUGAAUACCUGACGCGGGAUGCAUACGGGUGAGGUUGAAUUGGUAAGGGUUUUGCAACCACACGGCCGAGGGAGCCGUAGUGUUUGGACUGUCCCGGGGACCUUAUCUUUUUGAUGAUUGAUGAUAAAUAUCAGAGUCCCCCCGACGAGAAUCCACCCUCUUCAUUAUCAACUCAAGCCUACUUUCAUUUUUGACAGUGCGAGAGAACUAAUUCGUAUCUCGAUAUUUAAUCAUACCCCCAAGAAGCUCAUUCAAUCAUCACUUCCUUCCACCACUUCCGAACCAGCAUGGCACCUCACUCUCUCGAACCUGCCGAAGAGGCCCCUAGCUAUGAUAUCAAUCUCCCAUACAAGCCGGCUUCUGAGAAUGAGCAACUAAAGAAAGAGUGCGUCUCUAAAUAUCCCCAAUAUCUCCCACGAUGGGAACCGGUAUUCUUUCCACCAUGCCCGGAAUUCGAUUUCAUGGACCCUGCACUACGCGCCGAUAAGGAGAAGAGAACUCUUUUGAAAGACGCCCAACUCAAGCACAUCAGUCCCAAGAUGGGCACCGAGCUUUCCGGGGUGCAGCUAUCAUCGAUGACAGAUGCUGCCAAGGACGAAUUGGCUCUCCUGGUGUCCGAGAGGAAGUGCGUCGUUCUGCCGGACCAGGACUUUGCCGACUGGGGCCCAGCUGGUCAGCAGAACUUCGCGGCAUACUUUGGCAAGCCCAACUACCAACCCGUGACGGGGUCUGUUCCAGGCUUCCCUGGUUUUCACAUCAUUUAUCGCGACGGCAACCAGGCAGAGAUUGACAAGUUCUUCGAGCACAAAUUGACUUCUACGCUGUGGCAUCAAGAUGUUAGUUACGAACGUCAGCCUCCUGGAUACGUGAUCCUGUGCAUUCUACAAGCACCGGAAGUCGGUGGUGACACGGUCUUUGCAUCGACCACCGAGGCUUACUGGUAAGUCGCAUCCCCUUGCGAUUGUAAUACAGACCUCACCAGGCCCUGCAUUGGUUUUGAGCUAACCCGACGCCAUAGUCGCUUGUCCCCGGGCUUUCAGUCGAUGUUAGAGGGCCUCAGGGCAACCCACUCUUCGGAGAAGAUGUGCAAUUUUGCCAAAGCGAAUGGUGGGCUUUGCCGCAAGGAUCCAAUUCGCACCUCUCACCCAAUUGUUCGCGUGCACCCGGUCACUGGUGAAAAGGCACUUUUCGUCAACGGGGAAUUUAUUCGCGGAAUUGACGGCUGGAAGGGCCCCGAAUCGGACAUCCUCCUAAACUUUUUGAUCGACCACAUCACCAAGGGACAUGACUUUCAGGUCAGGCUACCCUGGAAGCCCAGGAGCGUUGUCAUUUUUGAUAACCGUACCACUUGUCGUGAGUAGCCGCAGUCAGCUGAGAAGAUGACCAAUCGGAGAGCUGAAAUGGCUAACACUAAAACUUAACCCAGACACUGCAACCGUAGAUUAUGAUGCACGGUCAGAUAAGGACAGACACAUGUUUCGUUUGGCUUCGAUGGCAGAAGUACCGAUUCCCGCGAACAAGUAAAUGGUCACAUGAAGUUACGGGCAGAGAGUGUGUGUGGGGGCUGCAAGAUAUCCUUUUGUCUUUUUUUUUGCCUUCCUGAAUGAUUUCGGUCGCUGCAAUUGCGUUUUGUUCGACUGGUUUAAUAGUCUUGGUUUGCGAUGUGCCUGGAAGGGUAGGGAUGCAAGAGGUACAAUACCCCUCUCGUGCCCAGCUUUUUCAAGGCUAUUCCCUUUUGAUGUCUUUUUGCGAUCCCUCUUUGGCCCAAGCUGUGUUUGCAUGUAGGAUACGAGUAGUACACAUAUCAGACAUUCAUUCCGUAUGGUUCCUUAUGCAUGUCUUACUUGACCAGACAGAGCGAAAAAGCAAGACAUUAAGAUACGGUAUCCACACACCCUCUUCAGAAAAUUUCCAGCGACACUAUCACCCCUCAAUUACCGGUACCGAUAACUGGUACUUGUAUCAUAAUAUGCAACAAGACGUCAUCUCUGUGCAUCCUAGACCCAUGGCCCAGAGCGAUGGUAAUCUAUAAUCUGUAAUCU